CAACCCUCUAAUAUUUUCUCGUUCUUUUCUCUUUGCCUCUAGAUUUCUGCAGAUCUAUUACUCAUGUCUUCUUCUUCGCCGAUUCUGUUAGCUGAAUCAAUCAGGUCGUCCGACGAUCUACCUAAUGAGGUUGGAUUCAGGGAGGAAUAAUCUUUCGAAUCCUUGUGGCUAUGAGAAUCAACAGCCUUCUUUGGAGAUCGGUCUGCUCAGGGAAGAUGCUGAUGAGCUUUGUAAUAUAUGGUGUAUCGGGAUGAUCCAUGGAGGCUUUUGGUAUCUCUGAUAUGUUGUUGUGGUAAUCUGUUUAGUGGAUGUGUAAGAUGUCAGGACAAAAUGGCCUAAUUCAGGGGGCUGAGUCCUGUUCUAUCUUUGUCAUCCCGACCUUUGCCAUGACAGGUGCGCUUGCAUGGCAGGUCACCAUAUCUUAAUAAAAUUUAUCUUUUUUGGGUUUGGGGGGAGAUCGCAUGGGGUUUUGCCCAGGUUCUCCCCUCUGGUGUGCCGUGUCCUGCUCCCUUACUUUUUUAUUUUCGUUUUACUUUCACACUAUACCUGCUACCAUUGGCUCCCGUGAUUCCGGUCUACCAUUGAAGAUGGAUAUAUGACUACGUCACUUGAUUUGAUUUACAUCGUCGGAAUACCUCAUGAUCACCAAGAUAAUAGGUCAACUCUGAUCUACGACGCUCAGGUAUUCUUUCCAUAUUUUAUAGGUUUUAGCUUUCAGUUCAUUUUGCUAAAUUCAUAGAAGUACCCCAAAUAUGAUCUAUAAUCACUAGUAAAUUUACAAACAACAUUUAACAUGGUUAUAAAUUUGAUUUUCCUAA